UAAAUGGCGGUGUUAGUUUGAGGCUGCUGUCGGUGAGGGCCCCGCGGCCGGCGGGGGAAGGAUCCAGCAGGUUAAGUGAAUGCCGCUUCCGCCCACUUGACGACCCUCGGUGGCAUCCCGCGCCGCUCCGCGCCGCCGCAGCCAUGUCUGCGCCCGGUAAUAAACGCUCCGCCGGAGACGGGGGCUCGGGUCCCCCAGAGAAGAAACUGAAUCGCGAGGAGAAGACCACGACCACUCUCAUAGAGCCCAUUCGCCUGGGAGGCAUCUCUUCUACGGAAGAAAUGGACUUAAAGGUACUGCAGUUCAAGAACAAGAAACUAGCAGAGCGGUUGGAACAGCGGCAGGCUUGUGAAGAUGAACUCCGAGAAAGAAUUGAGAAGCUGGAGAAGCGGCAGGCCACGGAUGAUGCCACACUCCUCAUUGUCAACCGCUACUGGGCCCAGCUGGAUGAAACUGUGGAAGCUCUUCUUCGAAGUCAUGAGAGCCAGGGGGAGCUUACUUCAGGGACAGAAGCACCUGGAACCCAAGAGGGGCCAACACAUGAUGGGACCCCUCUCACAGAGCCAGGGACAUCAGAGCUGAGGGAACCUCUGCCCAUGCAACUGCGACCCCCCCUUAGUGAGCCAGCCUUGGCUUUUGUGGUGGCUCUGGGUGCCAGCAGCUGUGAAGAGGUGGAGCUGCAGCUGCAAGAUCGUAUGGAGUUCUCCAAGGCAGCUGUGUCCCGUGUGGUAGAGGCCUCAGACCGCUUGCAGCGCCAGGUGGAAGAACUCUGUCAGCGUGUAUACAGCAGAGGAGAUACUGAACCCCCCAGUGAGGUGGCUCAGGCACGAACCCGGGAGCUGGGCCGUGAGAACCGGCGCCUACAGGACUUGGCCACCCAACUGCAAGAGAAGCACCACCGCAUCUCAUUGGAGUACUCUGAACUCCAGGAUAAAGUGACUUCAGCAGAGACCAAGGUGCUGGAGAUGGAGACAUCAGUGGAGGACCUGCAGUGGGACAUUGAGAAGCUGCGCAAGCGAGAACAGAAACUCAAUAAACACCUGGCGGAGGCCUUGGAGCAGCUCAACUCUGGCUACUAUGUGUCUGGGAGCUCUUCAGGCUUCCAGGGAGGCCAGAUCACACUCAGCAUGCAAAAGUUUGAGAUGCUGAAUGCGGAGUUAGAGGAAAACCAGGAAUUGGCCAACAGCCGCAUGGCAGAACUGGAGAAGCUGCAGGCUGAACUGCAGGGGGCUGUGCGGACCAAUGAGCGCCUCAAGGUGGCACUGCGGAGCCUUCCUGAAGAGGUAGUACGAGAGACGGGAGAGUACCGCAUGCUGCAGGCCCAAUUCUCUCUGCUCUAUAACGAGUCUCUGCAAGUGAAGACCCAACUGGAUGAAGCCCGGGGGCUGCUGCUGGCCACCAAGAACUCCCACCUGAGACACAUUGAGCACAUGGAGAGCGAUGAGCUGGGUCUGCAGAAGAAGCUGCGUACCGAGGUUAUCCAGCUGGAGGACACGCUGGCCCAGGUACGCAAGGAGUACGAGAUGCUGCGCAUCGAGUUUGAACAGAACCUGGCAGCCAACGAGCAGGCAGGGCCCAUCAACCGGGAGAUGCGCCACCUAAUCAGCAGCCUGCAGAAUCACAACCACCAGCUGAAGGGGGAUGCCCAGCGCUAUAAGCGGAAGCUGCGGGAAGUGCAGGCUGAGAUUGGCAAGCUCCGGGCCCAGGCCAGUGGCUCUACUCACUCCACCCCUAACCUGGGCCAUCCAGAGGAUCCUGGCCUUAGUGCCCCAGCCCCAGGAAAAGAAGAGGGUGGACCAGGAACUGGUGGUGCCCCCGACACCAGGAAGGAGAUGACUCCAGUGCCUGGUGUCGCAGUAACGGCCUCAGCAGUGAGGAAGGAGGAACUGCUCCCCUCUGAAGAGGAUGCCCAGGCCAUAACCCCUGGGGCCCAGGGCCCCUCUUCCCGAGGCCGAGAACCUGAGGGCAGGCCUAAGCGGGAGCUUCGAGAACGGGAGGGGCCUGGCCUUGGACCCCCAUCUGCAACCUUAGCUCUCUCAAGGGUUGACCGGGAGAAGGCCAAGGUGGAAGAGGCCAAGAGGAAAGAAUCAGAGCUCCUCAAGGGUCUCCGAGCAGAGCUCAAGAAAGCCCAGGAGAGCCAGAAGGAGAUGAAACUGCUGCUAGAUAUGUAUAAGUCAGCACCCAAGGAGCAACGGGAUAAGGUGCAGCUCAUGGCCGCAGAACGUAAAGCCAAGGCUGAGGUGGAUGAGCUAAGAAGCCGCAUCCGGGAAUUGGAGGAGAGGGAUCGGAGAGAGAGCAAGAAGAUUGCUGACGAGGACGCCCUGCGGCGCAUUCGGCAGGCGGAAGAGCAGAUUGAGCACCUGCAGCGCAAGUUGGGUGCCACAAAGCAGGAAGAGGAGGCACUGCUGUCAGAGAUGGAUGUGACAGGCCAGGCUUUUGAGGACAUGCAGGAACAGAAUGGGCGGCUGCUACAGCAGCUACGGGAAAAGGACGAUGCCAACUUUAAACUGAUGUCUGAGCGGAUCAAGGCCAACCAGAUUCACAAGCUCCUACGGGAGGAGAAGGAUGAGCUGGGCGAGCAGGUUCUUGGCCUCAAGUCCCAGGUGGAUGCACAGCUUUUGACCGUGCAGAAGCUGGAGGAAAAGGAGCGGGCCUUGCAGGGCAGCCUUGGCGGUGUGGAAAAGGAGCUGACUCUGCGGAGCCAGGCUCUGGAGCUCAACAAGAGGAAGGCUGUGGAAGCAGCUCAGUUGGCUGAGGACCUGAAGGUGCAGCUGGAGCAUGUACAAACACGGCUUCGAGAGAUCCAGCCAUGCCUGGCAGAAAGCCGGGCUGCUCGCGAGAAAGAGAGCUUCAACCUCAAGAGGGCUCAGGAGGACAUCUCACGGCUGCGGCGCAAGUUGGAGAAGCAGAGGAAGGUGGAGGUUUAUGCAGAUGCUGAUGAAAUCCUCCAGGAGGAAAUCAAGGAAUACAAGGCGCGGUUGACCUGCCCCUGCUGUAACACCCGCAAGAAGGAUGCAGUGCUUACCAAGUGCUUCCACGUUUUCUGCUUCGAGUGCGUGAGGGGCCGCUAUGAGGCACGCCAGAGGAAGUGCCCCAAGUGCAACGCAGCCUUUGGUGCCCAUGACUUCCAUCGUGUCUACAUCAGCUGAACCUGUGACUCAGGGAACUUUGGAGCACCGUGGGCCCUGGGGGCUGUGCCCCUAGCCUCUUUCUAUCCCAGGUCCUAUGCCUGGCCGUAUUCUGCAUUCCAGACCCUAUGGGCCCAGUUCCUGCCCAUCUAGUUGGUUUGGGGGCCCUAGUGCAUGCUAAUGGGAUCAGCCAAGCUCAGCUUCGUCUUUUCUUGAAAAAGCUUCAUCUUUUUCGUUAGAGGGGCAGCCUGGGAGGCACCCCACCCUGCAAGGAAGGUCUCCCACAAGAAGCUGAGGGUCCCAGAGCUCUCAGAGCUUCCCAAAAGCUGGCCUACCCUCUCAGGCUUCAUGGUCCAUCCUAGUUUAAGGAGGAAAUUCCCUGGGUGGUGACUUCCCACUAGAGGCUCACCAUCUGGCUAUACAGCCAGGAGAACCAGGAG